UCUCUCUCUCUCUCUCUCUCUCUCUCAUACACACUCACUCUAGCUGAUUUGCAAUUUUGCAUUCGUCAUUGAUUCGUUGUUCAAUUGAAGUGACUUGCCAUGUAACUGUUAGUAUCAAUUGCUGAAGCUUGAAGUCACUCUCCCUUUUUUCCACUGCAGCAGCAGUAAUAACAUUCUAACUUGGUAUUUCUACCUCACUCUUCAUGCUCUUCUUUUGAACAAAAAAGAACAAAAAAGUAUUAUUUAUUUAUUUUCUUUUUCAAAUUUUAGCACAACCCAGUUGUUCCUCAUAUUCGUGAUUGUCAAGCUGAUUGUAACAUUAUCUCAUGCUUCGGUUUCUUUCAACUGGGUCAAAUCUUUUUCAGUCUUUCUCAUACUCACCACCAGUUAUAAAAACUUUGCGAGUGUUCACUCCUGCCACCUGUUCGACCAUUGGCCUAGCCGAAGCCAAGGUUGAAGUCCAAGAACUUGGAAAUGAAUCGAAGGAUGCUAGUGAAGUUUUGAGUAAAUGGGGUUGUAAUGACGAUGAUUUGAUGAGAAUAUUUUCACGCUGCCCUUCAUUGCGCAAUGCUGAUGCUACUCAAGUUCAAUCUAAGCUCUGCCUGCUGAGUGGAUUGGGCAUACGGGCAUCUGAACUUGUGAAGAUUAUCAUUUGUAGGCCACGAUUUUUCAGGUCUCGGUAUAACUUAGAGGAGAGGCUUGCUUAUCUUAUGUCAUUGUUUGAGUCAAAGGAGAAGCUUCACAAGGCCAUUGUGAGAAACCCUUCACUGCUGGUAUGGGACAAUCGCUUUGACAUUGAAGCUACCCUCGUACUGUAUGAAGAGUUAGGUGUUAAUAAAAGUGACUUGAUUCAAAUGCUCCUUUUGCGGCCAAUGAUUAUUACAAGGACUUCAUUUGAUGAUGAGAAGCUGGAAUAUAUAGGAAGGAUAGGACUUUCCAAGGAUUCAAAGAUGUAUAAAUACGUGGUGACACUAAUAGGCAUCUCUCGCGUGGAAACAAUUCGUGAGAAAAUGGCGAAUUUGGCAAGAUUUGGUUUUUCUGAUGAUGAGAUAUUUGGUCUUUUUGGGAGGGCUCCUAUUGUUUUGACAUUGUCUACUGAUAAGGUUCAGAGGAACAUGACUUUCAUCUUGGGCACAAUGAAGCUUGAAGCUAAGAUAGUCCUAAAGUACCCGUAUCUCUUGUAUGCUAAUAUGGACACUGUUUUGAAGCCACGCGUGCUUGUAGCAAUGAAGAUACAAGAUAUGGAUUAUACGUUUCAUAUCAUAGGACCCACAAUAGUUAGGGCACUGAGGAUGUCAGAGGAGAGGUUUUUGAAUUCGUUUGUCAAAUGCCAUCACGAGGAAAUGGCCAAUGAAUUAAUGGAAAUCUAUAAAAGGACAAAAGAGGUGAAGAGAUUAGCAGAGUCGUCAAAGAAGUGCAUUACUAGAGGAUUCCCAUUCUGAACUGCUUUUAUAUGCUUUAAAAUACUUCUGGACCUGAAAUUCAUAUCUGCUUUCUGGCUCAUCUCGUUGUUGCAAAUUCUUUUUGUGACACUAGGAUUGAUUUCUCUCUCUCUCUCUGGUUCUUAAUGAAGAUUUUCCGUUUAGUACAGUUUUAUGAUACAGGUGAGCUUCUAAACUUUAAAGUCCAGAAAUAAU